AUGGAUCUUUUGUCUGUUCUGCCUGAUUUUGCGGCGAAGUCGUAUGCGCACAUUCUUCCCCCACUGGAGCGGAGUAAGAUCACCACCGUCGACUUGAUCACUCUCGACACGCUCGAGAUCGCCAAACGCGCCCAUGUCCCUCCGGCGGAUGUGCGGCGGCUCUCCGCCCAGAUCAUCGAAGCCUUGCACAACGAUCUUGGAUUCCAAAAGGCUCCAACCGAGAUAGAAGCUUCGUCUACCGCUGAGCCGACUUCAAGCUUCAUCUCCGAGCCAGCCGUUCUGAUCCCCGGGCCGACCACAAAGCCCGACACUUCGAGAUGGAAGACAAUCAGCACGCUCGACCCUGGCAUGGACGCAGUCCUCGGAGGGGGGAUACCGCUGGGAUAUGUGACGGAGAUUACAGGAGAAAGCGGCAGCGGCAAAACACAACUCUUGUUGAGCCUCCUCCUUUCAAUGCAGUUGGUGGAACGCAAGAGCUUGCCGUCACAGGCUGUGUACAUCUCAACGGAGCACCCUCUUGCUACCAAUCGCCUCUCCCAGAUACUGGAAUGUCAUCCGGUGCUGUCGAAGCUACCCGCAGACCAGAUGCCGUCUCUCGAGAACAUCCUGGCGAUCAAUGCGAUGGAUCUGGAAACUCAGGAUCAUAUCCUUCAGUACCAGCUUCCAGUCGCGAUCGCCAAUUACAAUAUCGGUCUUGUCAUCAUCGACUCCGUCACCUCGAACUAUCGCGCGGAACUCUCAUCCAACAACAUCUUGGCCAUUUCUACACGGUCGAGUGAGUUGGCAAAGUUGGGACAGAUGCUCCGCAACCUGGCAGCCAGGGAGAACAUUGCUGUUGUGGUGGCGAAUCAGGUUUCUGAUCGUUUCGAGCCCGUGGAGGGAAUUGGCGCUGACCCGGCACAGCGUCCUGGCUUGUCAUCCACCCUCAGCCAGAGUGUGGUGGCGCGCGAAGCCUGGGCGCCAUCUCCAGUCAAGCGGACUCGGUCCGACAAUCUCGACCGACUGUCUCAAAGCAGUCAGGGACCCCCAUCGUCAAGCCAAGUAAUCUCGUCAUCGCCGUACCAUGCUCCAGAUGAUGAGAAGUUCGAUGGCUCCUAUAUCAUUGAGAACCCAGCACGAAGUAGCAUUUUGAGUCUCGUGCACCAGGAGCGCUUCUUUACCGGAUGGGGAGAUGGUGCCAGUGUUGAAUCAAAUCCCAAGACCCCCGCUUUGGGAUAUUUCUGGUCAACCCAAGUUGCUUGCCGCAUUGCGCUGAAAAAAGAAGAAAGACGCUCAAUGUCUGCGGUGAGCGGGAGUCUUGACUCUUCCACUCUGCCCUCUACUCCGGUGGAGAAAGAAGCCCUUGGGAAUCAUCACGGGAGACAAGAUGUCACCGAGCAACAACCCAGAUCCAUACCAUCUGUAGAAAAUGCCAACUCGGCCGAACCUACAUCUUCUUCACGAGACCCAGAUCCUGUUCGACCAUUUCCGCCUUUCAAGCCAUCAUCCUCCCAGCAGGUGCUCAUGCCGCCACCUGCGAUGGAAUACACCACGCGGAGAACCAUGAAGCUUGUUUUUGCGCCUUGGACCGCCGGCAUGGCACCGACCAACUUGGAUCCAAGCCCAGACCAGACACUCAACAAAGAUACGCCCAGGGCCGAGGUAGAAUUUGAAUUGUGGAAAGGUGGGUUGCGAAGUGUAUAG